AUGAUUGCCGUUCAGGCAGCUGGUUCUGUACCAAACCCCAUAGGGGCUCCUUCGAACGCCCCCGAGCAUUGCCCUGGUGUUGAGUCAGACCUCGCCGGAAAGGCCGAUGCAUGUGCGGGAUGCGCGAACCAAGAGAUAUGCGCGUCGAACACCCCAAAGGGUCCCGAUCCGGCGUUGCCAUUGAUCCGGGAGAGGAUGGCGGGAGUAAAGCGCAAGAUCCUAAUCUUGUCAGGGAAAGGCGGUGUGGGCAAGUCCACGUUCACCGCGCAGCUCGGAUGGGCGUUCGCCGCAGAUGAAAACACGCAAGCCGGCAUCAUGGACGUCGAUAUUUGUGGCCCCUCCAUUCCGACGCUGUUCGGUAUUGCCUCCGAACAAGUUCACUCCUCCGCCGCCGGUUGGUCACCUAUCUAUGUCCAGGAUAACCUUUGCGCCAUCUCCGUCGGCAACCUUCUCCCUUCAUCCUCCUCCGCCGUCAUGUGGCGCGGCCCGAAGAAGAACGGAUUGAUAUCACAGUUCUUGAAGGACGUUGAUUGGGGCGAUCUCGAUUACCUCCUCGUCGACACGCCUCCCGGCACAUCGGAUGAGCACCUGAGCGUCGUGCAGUUUCUGAAGGAGUCGGGUAUCGACGGCGCGGUCGUGAUCACGACGCCGCAGGAGGUAGCUAUUCAGGACGUGAGGAGAGAAAUCGAUUUUUGCCGGAAGGUUGGAGUUAGGGUGUUGGGGAUCGUUGAGAACAUGGCGGGGUUUGUAUGCCCGUCGUGUAAGGGCGAAUCUCAGAUCUUCAAGCCAUCGACCGGUGGCGCGAAAAAGCUCGCGGAGGAGACUGGUUUGGAAUUGUUGGGGAGUGUCCCUCUUGAUCCGAGGAUCGGCAAGAGUGCGGACUAUGGCGUCAGCUUUCUGGACGAAUAUCCCGAGAGCCCCGCGUCCGUGGCGUAUCUCAACAUCAUCAGCCGUAUCAAACAAAUACUGGGCGAUGACGAGGCUUAAGCCUUAUCAUCUGCAUCACUCAUCCGUUAUCUGGAGCAAUCUUUCAAUGUAUCGCUAUUGACUUCGCCUUGUAUUAGAAUUGUACUAUCAUACGGAAUGGAAACGUGAAGAUCGUAUAUCAUCACUUAUAGCGAUAAUACAAAUCCGCAUGCGAUCCCGGUGUUUAACCUUGACGAGCUCUUAAAAUGUUAUUUUUGAGGCCAGAACAUCAUUGCAUUCAGAUGGAUAUAAACAGAAGAUCACAAACCCUCAAAGAACGACAGAUCCUGCGCCGAUAAACCUCCUCCACCUUUAUCAGAGGUCGCAGGGGUCCCGUUCGCUUUCGCAGGAAGCACGAGCGACGGAGCGCCCAAAGACGGCCCGGACGGCGACGUAAACAAUCCAAAGGCGGCGGUCCCCGGACCCGAAGGUGGAGAAGCAGCCAUGCUCAGCGCGGCGCUCCCUAACGGCGGCGACUUGAACCCCGGCGGUGGGCCCAACGCCGGAAAACCGGCAGCCAUGGGCGGUGACGUCGCUCGAGGUGUUUUGCCGGCAUCGACGCCAUCUGAUCCGUUCGCGGUCCCGUCCCCGAGCAGAUCGCCCUCGUCUUGUUGGGCUUGGGCCGCAGCCGGAUUGAAUCCUGGCGGUGGCGCGAGCACGCCCGGGAGCGGCGAUGGUGGCGCCGGCCACCGCUGCCCGGUCUUUGCGCGCGAAUCUUGUAGAAGGUUGAGCAUCGGGACGUGAUCCGCUUUGCGUGCGAGCGCCGGGGUAACCAUCUUCGGGAUGGGCUGAACCUGCUGGUGCUGGCGCUGGUGCUGCUCCGGAGCGGAAGGCAGUGGAGCGGUAGGAUCCGCCCACGCGUCUUCAAAGAAGUCGACCGUUCCGCCUACUCCCGCGGGCAUUGAUUGGGACCCGCUCAUACCACCGGGCCCCGAGCCGGUCCCGAGGCCGUUCAAUCCGCUCGCCGCGCUCUGCGAGAGCGCGAGAAGCGAUCCGGAUGCGCCCGGAGGCGGCGGGAGCGCGGGGGCCGUGGGGCUUGUGGGGGUCGCGGGGGUGUCGGGCAGGCGUGGCCAGCGCCCCGCGUGGGCGGCAGCGGUCUCGACGAGGCUUGCCGCGCGCGCGUGGUUGACGGCGCGCGACGGGCGACGGGCGUGCGGCGAGAGCGCGGGCGGCGCGCGGCCAUGCGGCGAGUUGGAUAUAGGGCGCAAGGG